AUGAACAAUUACUCUUUUGCAGAUGCAAAGGCUCAAUUGGAGCGACAAACUCAAGAAAUCGAAAAAUGGUGGUCGCAGCCCCGGUGGAAAAAUACUAAACGAAUCUACACGGCCCGCGAUAUCGCCGCACGUCGCGGUUCAAUGCCCCUCGAUACCAACAACGCAUCGUCCGUGAUGGCAAGCAAGUUGUACGCAUUGUUGACACAACACCACGACCGUAAAACCGUCAGCAAAACGUUUGGAGCGCUCGAUCCCGUGCACGUCACGCAAAUGGCACCGUUUCUCGACACUGUGUACGUCUCGGGCUGGCAAUGCUCGUCGACGGCGUCGACGAGCAAUGAGCCCGGUCCUGACCUUGCAGAUUACCCUAUGGACACGGUGCCCACCAAAGUAGACCAUUUGUUCAAGGCCCAGCAAUUCCACGACCGCAAACAAUGGGAAGAGCGCUCGCGGUGCCAAUCGCAGAGCGAAUGGGACAAUUUGGGACCCCCCAUCGACUAUCUCAGACCCAUUAUUGCCGAUGCAGACGCAGGACACGGCGGUAUCACGGCGGUUUUCAAGCUCACCAAAAUGUUCAUCGAAAACGGCGCUGCAGGAAUCCACAUGGAAGAUCAGACUUCUACCAACAAGAAAUGUGGCCACAUGGCUGGCCGGUGCGUGAUUCCCGUGCAGGAACACAUCAAUCGACUAACAACGGUUCGUAUGUGUGCCGACAUCAUGCACUCAAAUUUGGUAUUGGUGGCUCGUACCGAUUCGGAAGAAGCCACGCUUUUGAGCUCCACCAUCGAUCCUCGGGACCAUUAUUUCAUUGUGGGUGCCACGAACCCGGAUUUGCAAGAAUCGCUCUCGGAAAGCAUGGAUGCCGCUAUCUUGAAAGGUCACAGCGGUAAGGAAUUGGAAAAAUUGGAAACUCAAUGGUGUGCAAAGGCUGGCCUUAAGUUGUUCCACGAGGCGUUUGCUGACGCUGCACGCAAACAAAAGUCUGCAAAAAGUGAACAACUCAUUUCGGAAUUCAAUUCACAAGCCGGGCCUCAGAGCGGUAUGUCCAUAAGACAAAUGCAGACGAUUGCUAAGAAGCUCUUGGGCGAGACAAUCCAUUUCGAUUGGGAUUUACCACGCGCGCGCGAAGGUCUUUACCGCUACCGCGGUGGCACUCAAAGCAGUAUCAUGAGAGCAAGAGCCUUCGCACCAUACGCGGACCUAGUGUGGAUGGAAAGUAACUCUCCAGACUUCCAGCAGGCCAAGACUUUUGCUGAGGGUGUCAAGGCCGAAUUUCCAGACCAAUGGCUUGCAUACAACCUGUCGCCUUCGUUCAACUGGAAUGCCGCCAUGUCCCCAACGGAACUGGGGUCGUUCAUCGACCGUUUGGGCCAGCUCGGCUACAUUUGGCAGUUUAUCACCUUGGCCGGGUUGCACACAAGCGCUCUUGCCGUGAACACUUUUGCCAAGGACUUUAGCAAGCGGGGCAUGUUAUCGUACGCAUCAACUGUUCAGCAAGAAGAGAUCAACAACAACGUGGACAUUGUCAAACAUCAAAAGUGGUCUGGUGCCGAGUACAUUGACAGUCUUUUGAAAUUGGCGCAAGGUGGUGUCAGUGCCACAGCGGCAAUGGGUGUUGGCGUCACAGAGGAACAGUUCCGGGACAGGGGAAAACUCUGA